AGAGAAGCCCCUUCCCCUUCCUGUGGUGCCCUGGCCUCCCCAGGGUAGACUUUUGCCCUAGCGGGGCUGAUGGGGGAAGAUGGAGUUUCUUGGAACGACUCAGACUGCCACUUACUGUGGUCCCAAGAAACCCUGUGGUGGGAGCGCGCUGCCCCCAGUGCCGUCCAGCCCGACCAUCCAGGAGUGCUACCAGCCCUACUAUUUGCCAGGUUACCGCUACCUCAAUGCUUGGAGACCCAGCCUCUUCUACAAGGUGGCCAAUGCCCAGACCUGCCUGGACGAGGCGGCCACCUGCCGCAGUGCCCUGCGGCCGCCCACCAUCCUGCCGGCAGGCCGCUCUGCUCUCUUCUGUCGCUACAGUCCCCAGGACUGGGACCGGUCCAACCGGCUGCAGUUAUGUGGGGCCGAGGCCUCGCGGCUCUGGGCCGGCCGGAUGACGGGCGACUCCAUGCGGCUCAUGCAGGACAAGGAUCAGCUGACGCGCCAGAUGCAGGAGGGGACCUGCCGGAACCUGGGCCAGAGGCUGUCAGACAUCGGCUUCUGGAAGUCGGAGCUGAACUACGAGCUGGAGAGGCUUCUGAACGAGAACCACAGCUUGGAUGCCAUUAAGAGGCGGCUGGAGUGCGCGGCUGAGGAGCUGAGGUGUCCAUUGCAGGUGGCCCUGGAGUGUCUGUACCAGCGAGAGAAAAGAAUCGGGAUUGAUUUGGUCCAUGACAAUGUGGAGAAAAAUCUUAUCCGGGAAGUAGAUAUGAUAAAAUGUUGCCAAGAACAGAUGAGAAAACUAGCUCAAAGGAUUGAUAUCCAGAUGCGUGAUAACCGAGAUGCUCAGCACGCCCUGGAGAGGGACCUCGAGGACAAAAACUCGGCCGAGUUCAUUGAUGAGAAGUGCCUUAACCUACGGAACACAUCAGACUGCAUCAGCUUCUUCCAUGGGGUGGAGAAAAUUGAUGGCACGAUCUCCGUACCCGAGACGUGGGCCAAGUUCAGUAACGACAACAUCCGGCACUCGCAGAACAUGCGGGCCAACUCCAUCCGGCUGCGGGAGGAGGCGCAGAACCUCUUCGAUGUGUUGGCAGACCAGCUGUGGAGGCAGUUCACCAACACCAACCUGGCCUUCAGCGCUCGCAUUGCGGAGGAGACGGAGGUGAAAAACAAGCUACAGACGCAGUUGGCUAAGACGCUGCAGGAGAUCUUCCAGACGGAGAGCACCAUCAUGCUGCUGGAAAGGUCCAUCAUGGCCAAGGAGUGCCCGCUGAAGGUGGCGCAGACGAGGCUGGAGUGCCGGACCCGGCGCCCCAACGUGGAGCUGUGCAGGGACAGCCCCCAGUUCAAGUUGGUGAACGAGGUGUUCACCAUCGACGACACCCUGCAGACCCUCAAGCUGAGGCUGCGGGAGACCCGGGACACGCUGCAGCUGUUGGUCAUGACCAAGUGCCGGCUGGAGCAUGAACUGGCCAUCAAGGCCAACACCCUGUGCAUCGACAAGGAGAAGUGCAUGGCGAUGAGGAAGACAUUCCCCAGCACCCCGUGCAUGGGCGUCUGCCCUUGAGCCUGCCCCUCCCCCCCACCCCUACCCCGCCCCUCUCCACGCACACUCCUUACAUAGCACAGAAUUUGCAAAGGCAGAAAAACCGAAAUAAAAGAGUCAUUUUUCUCCCUUUCCUCCUAUCAUGGGAAAAAAAAUAACAUGUAUAUAUAUAUAUGUAAAAGAGCCAAAAUAAAUGUGCCCAAACCAGA